CGCGGUAUUUGUGCAGGAGUCUUCCUGCGGGUGUCACGUACAGUCAGGUCUGCUGCUGCUUCCUGUGUUGAAGCUCCAGCGGUCAGCGCCAAAGCUCUGCAACGUCUCAGAGCCUCUCGCAACCUGGCUUAGAAACACGGAAGGACUCAUUUUAGAGAGGCCCACCGAGAAGCAGCGGGACGUGUCGUCUCGUGUAAAGCUCAGGAACGAGUGUCGCUGCACGUUUCCGGCUGAAAAGACGCGAAUUUUCACUGAAGCUGGCGUUAGCGGCUAGGUGGCUAAUGGCUAGCAGCAGCAGGUAGAAAACCGAGAAGGAGACGAAUAAAAAGAGAGCUGUCGCCUUCCAGCUUCUAUAGAUGAACUGGAGAAACUAUCCGACUUUUGUAGGACAUAUCGGCAUGCUACGUUUUACCAAAUUAGCGAACUGACAUGCCCCGAAAAGUGUUUUAACUUCGCUAACGUUAACUAGCCAAGUUACCAGCCACCGUGUAGAGCGGGUCCUGUUGCUUUUUUUCUUUUACAGACGGACUUUUCGAAGACGGGCAGGCUUAGAUCAACAGCUGCCCAGCUUAUUUAAAUACAGUGUUUUACAGAGGAAGUAGUUUAGUUUGAUUUUCUUUUGCAAUGGCUCCAAAAAGAAGACCAGUUCCUCUGAACAUUACGCCCAUUGGGGAGGGACAGGCCACCUCCAACACCAUUGAUGCUGCAUCAGAAGCCAACCUGGAGGCCUUACAGAAGAAGCUGGGUGAGCUGGACCUCGACGAGCAGCAAAGGAAACGUCUAGAAGCCUUCCUGACCCAGAAAGCCCAGGUCGGGGAGCUGAAGGACGAGGACUUUGACCCCAUCUGUGAGUUGGGUGCUGGAAACGGAGGAGUGGUCAACAAGGUCCGCCACAAACCCUCGGGUUUGGUCAUGGCUCGAAAGUUAAUCCACCUGGAAAUCAAGCCUGCCAUCAGAAACCAGAUAAUCAGAGAGCUGCAGGUGCUGCAUGAAUGCAACUCUCCCUACAUUGUGGGCUUCUAUGGAGCCUUUUACAGCGAUGGAGAGAUCAGCAUCUGUAUGGAGCACAUGGAUGGUGGGUCUUUGGACCAGGUUCUCAAGGAAGCCAGACGAAUCCCAGAAGAAAUACUUGGGAAAGUUAGCAUAGCCGUUUUGAGAGGAUUAGCUUAUCUGCGGGAAAAGCACCAAAUCAUGCACAGAGAUGUCAAGCCCUCCAACAUCCUGGUCAAUUCCCGCGGGGAGAUCAAGCUGUGCGACUUCGGUGUGAGCGGCCAGCUCAUAGAUUCCAUGGCCAACUCCUUUGUUGGAACGCGCUCCUACAUGUCGCCGGAGAGACUGCAGGGCACUCACUACUCCGUUCAGUCUGACGUGUGGAGCAUGGGCCUGUCCCUGGUGGAGCUGGCGAUCGGCCGCUACCCCAUCCCUCCGCCAGACGCCAAAGAGCUAGAGGCCAUCUUUGGUCGUGCCGUAAUGGACGGGGCCGAGGGAGAGGCUCACACCAACAUGGCUAGGCCAAGACCACCAGGCAGGCCUGUAAGCGGACACGGGAUGGACAGUAGACCUGCCAUGGCCAUCUUUGAACUGUUGGACUACAUUGUCAAUGAGCCACCCCCAAAACUGCCACACGGUGUUUUCACCAGUGACUUCCAAGACUUUGUGACUAAAUGCUUGAUUAAAAACCCAGCUGAGAGAGCAGAUCUGAAGAUGCUUAUGAGUCACACUUUCAUCAAGCGAUCAGAGGUGGAGGAAGUAGACUUUGCCGGCUGGUUGUGCAAAACCAUGGGUCUGAACCAGCCCAGCACUCCCACCCGUGGCCCUGAGUGAUGGAGGCCCCGCCCCCUGCUGACACACUACUGGGUCUUCAUUCACAUACAGAUACUGUGCACACAUGUACAUGGUCCACAAUGCAUGCUGGCACUUUUUUUUUCUUCUCGCUCUUGGGUUUUAUCUUCUCUUCGUUUACUCGGUUAGCACCAGCAGCAGGGCCCGUCGAGUCAUUAUUGUACUGUAAAACCACAGCUUCACCACCACAGUGUCGAUAGCAGCCUCAGCUCACACUCUACUGUAGAGGAUGUAAAGCACUGAAGGGCUGCCGUUGUGUCAUCAGAAUUUGCAUUGGCAAACUUAUUUUGUACUGUUAAUUACUCUGUAUUAAUCUUUUUUUAUGGAGGCUGUGGGGUUGUAUUUUAUCAACCUGCUGUUUAAAUUUGACUGAAAGUGAGAAUAAACUAGUCCAAAUCUUCUAA